GACAGACAGUAAGGAUAUAAGACGGUUUCAGCUGACAACGAGUCAGUGGGUGCCAACAAGUGUGUCUUUGUGUCAGUGGUUUCAUCUAAGUUCAGUGUCUAGCUAAAAAAAUGUCGCUUGUGAAUGUUUUUAUUGUUAUUCUGUCAGCUGCUGUCAUGACGACAAACGGCAGAGCGUACUACGACGCAAUUGUUGUAGACGCGGAGGGGAGGUCGGACGACGGAGAGGAGGUGAUGAGGACAGUGAGUCCUGAGGACUGCUUUCAGCCUCCGUCGAGCGGCCAGUGUCGGGGGUCCUUUCGGUCCUACUACUUCAACCGGAAGUCCAGGACGUGCGAAUCCUUCGUCUGGGGUGGUUGUGGGGGCAAUAACAACAGGUUUGAGACUCGAGACUCUUGCGAGAAGAAUUGUCAAGACAGGAAGGCAGACGUAGCGAGCGAACAAAUUGUGAAAACAUGCAACCCAGAUGUUGAACCGCCCGUCUGCAACAGAGGAUGCAGACUUAUCAAAGACAGCAACAGCUGUCCUAAAUGCGAUUGCAUCAGUCACAAGAACGUGUGUGGGCUCCCGGCCGUGAGGGGCCACUGCAGGGCCCUUCUCCCCAGGUGGAGGUACGAUCCAGCGACGGGAAAGUGCGCAGAAUUCAAAUUCGGGGGAUGUGAUGGCAACGGGAACAACUUUAUGACAGAGCCACAGUGCAUGAAGACUUGCGGAGGUUUUUAAAUCGUCUACUCCUGCAGUGUUCACCCUCAUCACACAGCAGCAACCCAUGAUUGACAGUCAAUCUCCUUCAAGCUCAAACCGAAUAGUAGUGGUUAUUUUGGACGAGGCAGUGAUCGUAUGUUCCUGCAGCUCAAAUCUUUUCAAAGCUGACGCAGUUCUGUCUGAUUACUUCUUUUCUAGACCAGGAUGCUUAAUCGAGUUUGCCCGAUCGGACAACGAAUUUUUGUUAAAUAUGGGGACAGCAAUGCGAAAACUUUACUGUCGACUUCAUUAAAGAUUUACGUAAGUGUGAGGAAAAAAAAAACGUAAUUUCGAAUAACGCUGGAAUAUUCACAGAUAAUUUUGUUUUUAUGCAGGAAGAUGUUUCUAAACUGCUUCUAGCCACGUACGUUUCACCUUUUCAAUUACAAGAUGGCUGUCUUCUGGAUGGAAAAGCAGUGAAUCAGGUAGAAAUUUACCACCUUUUCAAAUGUCCUUGGGCCAAUAUCAUCAGGGAUAUGAGGGCAAUGAUGGAGGCAUCAAGGACCUCCGAAACGUCGGCAAAAUUAUACCAGACUACACGGCGCUACAACCUAGAAGACACCAUAUUUGUACUCACCGCACAUUCUAAUUACAGCUGGAAAAUGUAUUCCGGUUUGGAGGCCUUGAAGGAAGUUGACGUAUUUCACUCCUUCUAUAGUUCAUAAUUGACGAUAAUUUAUUUCUGACACUAACUGGUUAUUGUUCCAAGCGUACAAAAUGUAUUAUCUACUUCAAUGUACACAAACAUGCAAUAGAAUUCCAUUCCACUUCGUUCUUACGUCUUAGAUAUAAGAUUUACAAUUACUAUUUCUAACAAACACUAUCUCGAUGAUUUCAUCACAUACAUUUCACGUAUUUGUACAACCCACCGCUAAUCAUAUUUAUAUAAACUAAUCUUAGCAAGAUGUGAAAUAAAGCAAAUAUUUUUCAAAACAUA